GGGCGGGGCGUGUAGGAAGAUGGCGCUCACCAAAGUGCAGCACGUUGUGGCUGACGCAGGUGCUUUCCUUCGGAAUGCGGCUCUUCAGAAUAUCGGAACAGAUAUCUACACCGUGCGGGAGGUGGUGAGUGAGAUCAGGGAUAAGGAGACCAGGAGGCGACUGGCCGUUCUGCCUUAUGAGCUGCAGUUCAAGGAACCGAACUCGGAGAACAUUCAGCUCGUGACUGAGUUCUCCAAAAAGACAGGAGACUAUGCCAGCCUUUCAUCUACAGAUAUUAAGGUUCUUGCUCUCACGUACCAGCUGGAGGCUGAGCAUGUUGGGAAGGAACACCUCAAGACAGAACCCUCUCAGAAGGUUUCUAUCAGCACCACAGCUCGGCAUCCAGAGGCUCCUGUUAAUGUUGCAGGAUUUCAUUUCCCUUCUCAGACCACAAAUAAAAAGGAUUGUUGCCCAAGGGAGCCCAAUGAAGAGAUAAAGUCUGCCUCUCAUUUGAUGUCCGAAGAUACAGAGUUUGACUCUUUCUUGUUCUGGAGAAGCCCUUUACCAAACAUUGAGGAUGACCUGUUAGAGUUGAUGAAUGCCCAAGUUGUGUCUGUUACCCCUAACACUGAUCAAGAAGCAGUAGGUCUGAAGGAUGAGAGCCAUGCUUUAGAGGAAUUACCAGAGGCUGAGACAUCCAGUGAGGGAGGAAAUGAUGAUGAUGGUUGGAUCACACCUGGUAACAUUAAACAGAUCCAGCAAGACAUGGGAGUGAGAGAGGCUCCAGUGAAUGUUGUUGUUGGUUGUCUGACAACAGAUUUUGCUAUGCAGAAUGUUCUCAUCCAGAUGGGGCUCCAUGUGUUGGCUGUUGAUGGAAUGCUGAUUCGCCAGACUAGAAACUACAUUUUGCGAUGCCAUGGCUGUUUCAAGACUACCUCUGAUAUGUGCAAGACCUUCUGUCCUAAAUGUGGAAAUGCAACUCUAAAAAAGGUGGCUGUGUCUGUCGCUGAGGAUGGCAAUUUUCACAUGCACUUAUCCAAAAACCCCAAAGUGCUCAAUUCUCGUGGAAUGAGGUAUUCUCUGCCAGCCCCACAAGGUGGAAAGCACGCUAAAAAUCCUUAUCUAGUGGUGGACCAACAUUUUCCACAGGAGCGUCUGUCUAAGAAGGCUAAAGCCAAGACUGAUGUUUUCAACCCAGAUUACAUAGCAGGGUUAUCGCCCUUUGUAGAGAAUGACAUUUACAGCCGGGCCGCUAAUCUUCAGAUCCGUGAUGGAGCCCUGGGAGCUGGUCGCAGGCGUGUCAAUCCCAACACCUCUAGAAAGAAGGGUGUAAAGAAAAGAUGAGCCCCCCCCACACAAUACACAGGUUGAGUUGGCUGGUCUGGAGGCUUCUUUCUUAUGCAAAGAGAGGAUCAUAUUUAUUGGACAAGCUUGUUUUUUCACUGUUGAAGCUGUUCGGUGCUGCCUGUGAUUCCGAGUCCAACGUUAGGAGUGCCAAUUUGUUUUGUAAAUGCAGCAAUAAGGCAGUUGGUAAUAGUAAGAGCUUGUUAUUUUUAGCAUAAGAUUUAUUGUAGCAGUUGAGUUCACAUCUUGGCUGUUUUUUUAUUGAAUAUUAAAUCUUCAGACUAUA